AUGCAGAACGUAAAGAAACGGUUCCUAACGUACAAAUCGUACCCCACGGAGUGGGUUCCCGAUCCGCGCGAACUGGCUCUCGCCGGAUUCAAAGCUUGCGUGUUUGGAUUUCCCAGAUGUAUGGAGUGUGACUGCGAGUACAAGUUGCUGCGUAAAGAAGGACCGAUGGAACAACAUAGGCUAUUUUCACCCACCUGCUCGAUCAUCGUCGCCGCUAGUAGGGAGAACGACAUUAGGGACUGUGACUACUUCACCGUGGAUAACUACCAACACUACUACUCCAAUCCGGUGCACCGAAUGGAGUCUUUCGAAAGGUACUUGUGGCCCGAUAUGCCUUCGAUACAACGCUUCGUCGACGCCGGACUAUACGCCAUCAACGGCGUCUUGGCUGGCUGUUUCGUCUGCCAUUGCAAGCUCUACGCGUUUCACCAUUACGACGAUCCUCUGGUGGACCACGUGCAGCAUUCUCCCAAGUGCGCUUACUUGAACGCGACGCUCGACAAAAGACGCAUCGACGCCAUAUACAACGAUUUUCUCAAGAGCGAACUGUACUUCGGGAUGCAUUUCCUCGACGUCGUCGAUUACUCGAAACUGACCGCCGUGACCUAUCUGUUGGGAACGAACCAGAUCAAACUACGUCAUCCCAAGGACUUGAAAGUUCUCCACAAUCCACCACCAGUGCAACACGUCCGCGUGCCGGAUUACGCAGAGUACGAAAUGCAAGAGUUUGUGCUCGAAAACGACGCUACGGCAUGUAAAAUAUGUUACUCGAAUCAAGCGUCUGUAAUCGCGCUGCCGUGUGGACACUGCGUGACGUGUAACCAAUGCGCACUGCGACACCCCAGGUGUUGUAUAUGUAGAAAGACCGUAAGUGCAAUCAUCAAACGAACGCUUUAUUAA